AUGGCCGUGAAAAAAAGGCUUUUCUCGACAUUUCGGUGUCUGCAACAUGACAAUCCACUGGGCCUCCCACGAUCCGGCACCCCGCCUUCGUUCCCCCGUCGCCGCGGACUCCCCGAGAAGCGCAAGAUUCGCGAUGUGAAAAAGGUCAUUGCCGUCUCGUCGGCAAAAGGAGGAGUAGGGAAGUCUACAAUCGCAGUAAACCUCGCCCUCUCCUUUGCACGCCGCGGCAUUCGCACCGGAAUAUUGGACACAGAUAUCUUUGGCCCUUCGAUUCCUACCCUCCUAAAUCUCUCCGGCGAGCCUCGUCUUGAUGAUAAUAACUGCCUCAUCCCCUUGACAAACUAUGGCCUGAAAUCCAUGUCAAUGGGCUACCUCCUCCCUCAACCCGAAGCCGCCUCCACAUCUCCUCUCCACGAAUCCGGCCGCUUACCGAUGGACACAACCCCGAUCUCCUGGCGCGGCCUCAUGGUCACAAAAGCCAUGCACCAACUCCUCCAUUCCGUCUCCUGGGGCCCGCUCGACGUCCUCUUCCUCGAUCUGCCGCCGGGUACGGGAGACGUUCAACUCACGAUAAACCAAGAGAUUAUCCUCGACGGGGCCGUGAUCGUCACGACGCCGCAGGAUAUUGCGCUGCGCGAUGCGGUAAGGGGCUUUGGGAUGUUCCAGCGCAUGGAUGUGCCGGUUUUGGGGAUGGUGAGGAAUAUGGCGUACUUUGCGUGUCCCGAGUGUGGGCAUCAGACGAGGAUCUUUUCGCAUGGGCUACAUGACAAGCAUGAGCAUAAGCAUGAGCAUGCGCAUGGGGGUGCAGGGGAAGGGGACUGGGGUGUGCUAGCGGAAUGCAAGCGGCUUGGGGUUGAGUUUUUGGGAGAUAUCCCGCUCGAUGCAAGGGUCUGUGAGGAUGCGGAUCGUGGGGUUCCGACCGUUGUUGCGGAGGAAAAUGCGGAGAAAAGUGCAAGGAGGGAGGCGUUCAUGGGUGUUGCGGAGAGGGUUGCUAGAAAGGUUGGAAUAAAGUGGUAG